CACGCUGGCCUCUUUGCCUCACUGCAGCAACUCCAACUCUCACCACCACCAACCAACCCGACCACAGAUUUAUGGGCCGGCCCAUGCCUGGGGUUUCCCUCGACUCUUUUCUUCUACUUUUAAUUCAAGCCUUGUCUUUUUAAUUGACGACUCACGACUUACACCAUGCAUCAUCAGAACAUCUGGGCCACGGGCCUCGUUGCCCUUGCUGCUCUCCCCGGCGCCUUCGCUGGACUGUACCCUAAGAGCUCGCCAGUCCUGCAAGUCGAUGGUAAGAACUAUGACCGUCUGAUUGCCAAGUCCAACUACACUUCGGUUGUCGAGUUCUACGCACCUUGGUGUGGUCACUGCCAGAACCUCAAACCCGCCUACGAAAAGGCCGCCAAGAGCCUCGAUGGUCUCGCCAAGGUCGCCGCCGUCAACUGCGACGACGACGCCAACAAGCCCCUCUGUGGCCAGUUCGGCAUCCAGGGCUUCCCGACUCUCAAGAUCGUCCGCCCCGGCGCUACGCCCGGGAAGAAGCCCGUCGUGGAGGACUACCAGGGAGCCCGCACCGCCUCGGCCAUCGUCGACGCCGUCGUCGACAAGAUCAAUAACCACGUCAAGCGCGUAGGCGACAAGGACAUGGACAGCUUCCUCGCCGACAACGCAGAAACCCCCAAGGCUCUCCUUUUCACCGAGAAGGGAACCACGUCUCCGCUGUUGCGGAGCAUCGCCAUCGAUUUCCUCGGCGUCGUCACCGUCGGCCAGGUCCGAAACACCCAGAAGGAAGUGGUCGGGAAGUUCGGUGUCGAGAAGUUCCCCACGUUGCUCUUGCUGCCCCCUGGCGGUGCGGAACCCAUCGUCUAUGAUGGCGAGCUGAAGAAGGACGCCAUGGUCACCUUCAUUUCCCAGCUCGGUGCUCCGAACCCCGACCCUCCGGUCAAGGAGGAGAAGAAGAAGUCCAAGUCGGCCAAGUCAGAAUCGAAGUCGUCGUCGUCGUCGUCGUCGUCAUCGUCAUCGUCGUCUGCCAAGACGGAAUCCAAGACGGCCACCCCCGAAGCCGCCCCCGAGGAGCCCGCCGAGGAGCCCGCGACCUCCAGCUCUCCCGUGGCCCCGGCAGCCCCGCCCAUCCCCACCAUCGACACGGCCGAGACGCUCCAGCAGGAGUGCCUGACCUCCAAGUCCCACACCUGCGUCCUGGCCCUCGUCCCGGCCGACGGCGGCGGCGACGACGAGGCAGAGAAGGCUCUGGCCUCCCUUGCCGACCUUGCCUUCAAGUACGCCCAAGGCCACCGCCACUUGUUCCCCUUCUUCGCCGUCCCCGCCGCCGUCAACCCGCACGCCGCGACCGUCACCAAGGCCCUGGGCCUCGAGUCGUCGUCGUCCCCCGUCGAGCUCGUCGCCGUCAACGCCCGGCGCCGCUGGUGGAGGCGUUACGAGGGCCCGCACGAUCUGGUCAACAUUGAGGCUUGGAUCGACGCCAUCCGCAUGAGCGAGGGUACGAAGCACAAGCUUCCUGCCGAGCUCAUCGUCGAGCCCGCGCCGGUCAAGGAGGAGGAGGAGGAGGCCAAGCCCGAGGUGAAGGAGGAGGAGGAGGCUUCGACGGAAGGUUCGACGGCCGAUGCCCCUGAGCCCGAGACUGAGGCGCCUGCCGAGGAAUCGACCGAGGUGGCCAAGGAAGAGGCUUCGGAGACGCCUAUUGCCCACGAGGAGCUCUAAGAUGUUUCAAUAAGAUAGGAGGAAGCAAAACUAGGCUGAUUGAUUUAGUAUGUGUAAACUAGCAAGUGGAGCAGAAGAGGCUGGGAGAGGAACAAACCACGGGAAAAAAAAGGAGAUGAGAGCACGAACUUGGUCAAUAUUCAUCAUCAUUCCCAUUGCCGCCUGAACCGGGGGUAUCAUUCGUACCAAUCUUCACAAUAGUCGCCCUCACAUGGCCAUUCCAGUAUC